GUUGUGCAAGAUAUAAUUUUUUCAUUGACAAAUCUUUGGUUGGCAAUUUUUUAAUUUUGUUUUUAUCGUAACGCCUCGCUAUAAUAACCUCGAGUGUUUUUGUUUUAAAUAUUUCAACUUCCGGUCGCCGUUCUUCAUGUAGCGUUUUUUUUUAAAACAUGGAGGGAGAAUCUCAAACUAUUGUGGACUAAAUGGGGAUAAACCCGUAUGUGUUGCAGAUGACUGCAUGUAACCUUUAUUUGCCUGUUUAGCCAAACUUUAAGUGUCGCUUUCACUAAUCAGACUUCAGAAAACAUUUUCUCGUCGCGUGAUGGACAAAUUAGAAUCAGACGAAGCAAAAAGGGAAAAUCAGCCGCUGGUUUUCUUUGACUUGGAAACGACUGGACUUGGUCAAAACUGUGAAAUCGUCCAGCUGGCUGCUGUGAGUGCAGGUCACUCACUGAACCUCUACGUCGUCCCUCGGUGUCGAAUACAACGAGGGGCAGCUAAAGUGACAGGCUUCAAGGUCCACAAACGGAAACUAUACCUCCAUCGCCAGCUUGUCUUCACUAACUCCCUCAAAGAGGUCCUGGUCUCCUUCAUCGCUUUCCUUCGAAUGCUUGGACACCCGCUUCUCAUUGGGCAUAACAUUCGCCGCUUUGACUGUCCACUGCUGGCUCGAGCGCUUGAUGAGCUGGACCUUAGAGCCCAGUUUGAGUCUUCGGUCUCAGGCUGCAUUGACACUCUACCACUGGCUCGUGAGAUGCUGAAGAACAGCGGUCUCCAGAGCUUUUGCCAGGAAAACCUGGUCAGAGAGCUGCUGGGGGUGAACUACAAGGCUCACGAUGCUUUGGAGGACGUGCGGGCGUUACAGACACUCUAUAGGUACCUUCAGCCUACGCCUGAAGUUGUCCUUGCGCAUAAAUUUACUCUGGACAGUAUGGACAACAAAGCAGCCUUAUCUGCUGCCAAAACUAAAGCAGACUGUAAGCCAGCUGUGGAACAGUCCCUGUGGGAGCACUUCAGACAGAGGGUGAAAUUAACAGAAGUCCAUGAUGGAGAAUUUAAAGCACUUCUGCAUCAACCACCUUCAUAAAAUGUUGGCUUUUGAGUAAAUUCUGUAAACAAACUUAAUAAGUAGUCCGGCUGCUUACACACCCACAUAAACUUUAAUUCACACAGUUUGCUAGGAUAACAGGUAUGUUUAAGAUGUGACUGAUUUGCUCAUGAACCUUCAGAAGCAAUUAAAUACUUUUUUAUGUCUUUUAAUUGGUUGCAAACAAAGAAUAAAAAUUGUCAGUCGAUAGUAUAUUUGGACAUUUGCUGACAGCAUCAGUACAGAGGAAACUGUAGGUCAUGUUUUGAUAAAUCUUUGAUGAAAAUUUUAUUAAAGCAAAAUAAAUUAUAAACAUAUUUAUGUCUACAGUGUUCUCCAAAAACCCAAUGUAGUUUGAUUCCUUUUGGAUUGGUGUGUAUAACAUGCUUCACUGUACUGGCACAAUUUUCUUAUCACAAUGUAGAAUUUGUUAUUUCAGAGUAACUUUAUGUUAAGUUUUCAAAGGACAGCAAUAUGCCAGACUACCUAGCCGCCUACUGCAGCCAGCAGCACACAUUCUAGAGGGAAGUUUGCUUGAAAAUAUUAACUAUAAACUGAUCAUCCACAACAUUGAAACAACUGACAGAAGCCACACAGCAGCUCAGUUUGAUGGAUGGGUAGCUAUCUGUAAAAGAAGUAGCAGCAUGACGUAAACUGUCCAUGGUUUGGUGAGUAAAUGUGUUCAAUUUUCUGCAAUAA